AUGGAUAGACAAAAUGGAUCCAUGAUUUCUGAGUUUGUGUUGCUGGGACUCUCUAGUUCUUGGGAAACUACAAUUUUUCUCAUGUUCACAUUCUCUUUGCUCUAUGUAGGGAUCAUCUUGGGAAAUCUCUUUAUAGUCUUCUUGAUUAUUACUGAUUCACAUUUACAGUCCCCUAUGUACUUCCUGCUGGCUAACCUGUCCUUCAUUGAUGUGGGCCUUUCUACUACCACACUUCCCAAAAUGAUUUUAGAUAUCUUAAGUGAACACAAUAUAAUUUCUUUCCAAGGAUGUAUGACACAGAUAUGCUUCAUCCACAUCAUGGGAGGAGUGGAGAUGGUGCUGCUCAUAGCCAUGGCAUUUGACAGGUACAUUGCAAUCUGUAAGCCUCUUCGCUACUUGAACAUUAUGAGCCCUAAAAUGUGUGCUUCAUUUGUAGUCCUUGGCUGGGUAGUAGGAGUGGUCCAUGCUAUGUCUCAAUUUUCUUUUGUUAUAAACCUGCCUUUUUGUGGUCCUAAUAAAAUAGACAGCUUUUACUGUGAUUUUCCCAGGAUUAUACAACUUGCAUGCACAGAUGGAAUCAAAUUUGAGUUUAUUGUUGCUGCCAACAGUGGCUUCAUGACAAUGGGCACUUUCUUCUUGCUUCUUCUUUCCUAUGUCUUCAUUUUGAUCACAGUCUGGAAACAUUCUUUAGGGGACUUAUCCAAGGCACUUGUCACUUUGUCAGCUCACAUCACUGUGGUUGUUCUUUUUUUCACACCAUGCAUAUUUCUGUAUGUGUGGCCUUUCCCCACAUCACCAAUUGACAAAUACCUGUUCAUUGUUGACUUUGCUAUUACCCCUGUCUUGAAUCCUGUCAUCUAUACACUAAGAAACAAAGAUAUGAAAAUAGCCAUAAAAAGAUUGAGCAAGAAAAUAUAUUAUGUCAAAUUAUGCUAG